GCAUGCCACCGAUCCUCUCCCGUGGCUACCGACAGCCCGAGCGUGGCCACUGCGUGCCAGGAGCGGGGAUUUGCGGAUUUGCGGUCCCGGCUUUGAAGUUUGCGUGUGCCACGGGCAGGGGAUGCAGCAGGCGGGGGCUGUGCCCACGCUGGUGCUGUGGCUCGUGGUGUCGCAUGCACAGAGGAGGCUCUGCAAGGGAUUAAAUGUAUGGAUGCAGAGGAGAAGUGCCACAGCAGCAGGCACAGCUCGGCAGGGAGCACACAGGGAUCCACGAGCCGUUCUCUCUGCUGGAACAGCACAUGGAUGAGCGGGGAGAUGUUGCAGGGAGCCCUUGGUGCUGCUUCCCAAGCGGAGAGCGGCUGCCUCCAAGCAUCCCCCGGGAAAAUGCGUGUCCUUAAGGAGACUUGGGAAGCGGCUUCCUGCCGGGCACGUGUCACUGCUGGGGGAGCGCUGGUGGCGAGCUCGGAGCAUGCUGCUGAGGGCCAGCCCCAGGAGGUUUCUGGAGCAGCACCUUCUGCUGGUGGAGAGCGCAGAGCAGCAGCGGCCGGCUCGGGAAGCGCUCCCGAAUCCAUUCAUGACUGAGGAACCUCCCGCCCCAGCCGAGCCCGAGCUGCCGCCCUCCAACCUCACCAACAACGGCACCGACUGCGGCGAGGAGAUCCUGCUCUAUGGGGACACCGAGAAGGUCGUCAUCGGGGCCGUGCUCUCCAUCAUCAUCCUCACCACCAUCGCCGGCAACGGGCUGGUCAUCAUCUCCGUGUGCAUCGUCAAGAAGCUCCGGCAGCCCUCCAACUACCUGGUGGUGUCCCUGGCCGCCGCCGACCUGUCGGUGGCCUUUGCUGUCAUGCCCUUUGUCACCAUCACGGACCUGGUGGGGGGAGAGUGGCUCUUUGGGAAGGUGUUCUGCAACGUCUUCAUCGCCAUGGACGUGAUGUGCUGCACCGCCUCCAUCAUGACCUUGUGCAUCAUCAGCGUGGACAGGUACCUGGGCAUCACGCGGCCUCUGACCUACCCCGUGAGGCAGAACGGGAAGCUGAUGGCCAAGAUGGUCUUCAUCGUGUGGCUCCUGUCGGCCUCCAUCACCCUCCCUCCGCUCUUCGGCUGGGCCCAGAACGUGACGGUGGAGCGGGUGUGCCUCAUCAGCCAGGACUUUGGCUACACCGUCUACUCCACGGGGGUGGCCUUCUACAUCCCCAUGGCCGUCAUGCUGGUGAUGUACAGCCGCAUCUACCAGGCGGCCAAGGUGAGCGCUGAGAAGCACCGCUUCAUGAACUUCCCCAAGCACUACGAGGACGAGGGCGUCUACUGCCUCGAGGCCUCCGCCCGCGCCCACCACAGCUCCCGCCGCACCAAGGCCGCCGAGGAGUGCGCCACGCUCUCCAAGCUGCUCCGCCAGGACCGCAAGAACAUUUCCAUCUUCAAGAGGGAGCAGAAAGCCGCCAGGACCCUCGGCAUCAUCGUGGGGGCCUUCACGUUCUGCUGGCUGCCCUUCUUCCUGAUGUCCACGGCGCGGCCGUUCAUCUGCGGCAUCCGCUGCAGCUGCAUGCCCCUGAGGCUGGAGAGGACUCUGCUCUGGCUGGGUUACACCAACUCCCUCAUCAACCCCCUCAUCUACGCCUUCUUCAACAGGGAUUUGAGGACUACUUUCUGGAACCUGCUGCGCUGCAGGUACAGGAACAUCAACAGGAGGCUCUCGGCCGCCAGCAUGCACGAGGCCCUGAAAGCCACGGAGAGGCACGAGUGCAUCCUGUAGUGCCUGACCUCCUGCCUCUCCAUGUCCUCGCUUCCCUGGCCUCCCAGGGGCUUGCAGGAGCUGUCCAGCCCCACCAGACAUUGCCACUGAGGGUGAUGGUCCUUCCCCUCACCCUGGGAACAAGUGGAGGGAACUUUGGGAACAGCCCUUCCUUCUCACUCUGUCCCAGGUGGGAGCAAGACCUGGGGGUUCAAGGUCUACCAAUGACUGUGGGCCAGUCACACCACCUUUCUGUGCCUCAGUUUACCCAUCUGUUAUAAAAGUUUAAAAACAAAAAAAGGAAAAGAAAAGAAAUCCUCCCAGCCAACCAACCAAACGAAAAAAAACUCUAAAAACUUGAUAAGACUGUGGCUCUCCACCUUCAAAAAGGGCUCUAAGGUCUGUGGAGGGCACACAAAAUCCUGUGUAAAGACAACACUGGCUGCACUUCUCUGUGGAAUCUGAUAGCAGCUCCGUUGUACACCCAAGCCCUCUGUGCCAUCCCAGCUUAUCCGAGCCCUUUUCCCGAGGUAAUUGCAUUUCACACCCUGAGCUCACGUCCAGGUUUGCACGUCAGAGCAGAAAUACCAAUGCCCCCGUUCCCCCCACACUGUAGCACUGCAGCACUUGGAGGAGAUGAAUUUGGAGGGUGAAACACAAACGAACACGGAGUUUCCUUCAUGGUUAGAUAGGGAAGUUUGACACCUCCUGCUCAUCAGGGCAAUGAUCAGAGAGCAAAGCCAGAUGUGUUUAUUGGGUUGUACUGUAAUUCAUUCCCAGACAAGUGACGUGUGUUCAUCAUUUGUGGCUAAUUGACUCCAUAAAAGCACGCUUUGGUUGACAACAGAAAAAAAACCAUAUAAUUUCCCUGACAGCUUUAUGGUAUUUCGGUAUGAUGUCCAGCAAGCUUGAAAAAAUACACUGAAUGAUGUUAUCUUUUUCUUAAAAAAAAAAAAGAAAAAAGAAAAAAAAGGUUUGGUUUCCUUA